AUGCCUACUAGUGGUUUAAACACAGAGUCUCUGGUUGUGAUUAUUUUGGAUAUAAUUCGUAUGCAUCAACUACGGAUUAUUUGUUGUUUGGAUGAGAAAGGGCUGCUCGGAAAUGGAGAUGCAGCUAUAGACGCAAGGAGGAUACGCCGUAAAUUUAUCCGACUGCAAAGGAUCCCCACUCAAGUUCAUCGAUUCACAAGGUUGGCAAAAGUAAGUGACCGGGAAUGUGUUGAUAACCUUCGAAUGGAUAGAAAUUGUUCUGGCAGAUUAUGUAUCCUACUUCGCGAGCGGGGAGGUUUGGAAUAUGGCAAAUAUGUUUUUGUUGAAAAACAAGUUGCAAUGUUCUUAAGUGUUCUCUCACACCAUACAACAAAUCGGAUUGUUGGCUUUAAUUUUUGGAGAUCUGGUCAAACAGUGUCACCCUAUGUUCACGCUGUCCUUAAAGCCGUUAUCAUGCUUCAUGAACUAUUCCUUGCUAAACCUGUUCCUGUGGAUGCCAGGAUUCCAGAUGGAAAUGGUUCCCGCUCAAAAAACACAUGUUUGAUGUGGCAUGUAAGGUUGUUUGGGCGCUUUAGACGAAACAUGAGGUUCGUCUAUGUCCUGGCCGGUUGGGAGGGGUCUGCCGGGGAUGCUAGGGUACUACGCGAUGCUGUAGCACGCCCGCGUGGUGUAAAGGUACCAAUAGGCCAAUACUACUUGUGCGACAAUGGAUAUGCGAAUAGCAACGGAUUUCUAACCCCGUUCAAAGGCGUUCAAAAUCACCUGAAAGAAUGGGGGACCGGCGGCUAUGACUCCACAAAAUUCAAGGGAAAUGUUCAAUAUUCGACACACCAAGGCAAGGAACAUCAUAGAACGAGCGUUUGCUGUAGUAAAAAUGAGAUGGGGUAUCCUGCGUAG